AUGUGUGGUAAAAGAAUUGCCCUUCUUCGAACUUCUAGUAUAUGCCUCCCGAAUAUAUCCUGGUCAGCACUUUACUUAAGAGGGACAAUCCCUCUGCGCAAUUACCAUAACAACCAUGGUAAUAAAUCCCUGCCGAAGUCCAUAAACAUGAAUACCGAUCAAGAGAGAUUGGAUACGCUAUUCAAUGCUAAACUACCCAAAAAGACGGUUGUAAACCAGUUUAAGAAGAUCUUGAGAGAAAAGAACCACUCUCCGAAAUCAGUCAAAGGUGAUAAGCCUGUACAAUCUCACUUUGAUAAGUUGAGCACGACCAUAGUGGAAAAAUACGGUAGUAAAAGGGACGCCAACAAUGGAACCAGAAGUACUGGGGUCCUCUAUCAGUUGAUACUACAAAAUAGAAUCAAAGAUGACCAGUUAUAUGAAGGAAUUGUGUCAUUUGCCAGCUGUCAGACAACAAAUGUAGCUGAACCGAAUAAAGUUGAUAUACCACAGUCGAGUAAGAGGACCGGACCAAUAAAAUCCAUACCACUGGAUAUCCACAAGAGCAAGAACGUCAAUAUUGAACAAAUACUGGACAGACUUGAACGUCAAUUGCUGAAAAAGUCCCACAAAACAAAUGAACUAUAUCAGGUACUGAGUAACAUUAUAGAGGAGGCAGAUGAAUUCUCAAACAAACCUAGAGAUCAUGAUGUGGUGGAGGACAGAAACAUAAACAUACUCGCGUUAGAACGGUACCUGAAGAAGGUUGAAGAAGAGAAAGAACAAAAGCAACAUGUAAUAAGAGAGCAAGAGAAGAUUUAUAAUUGGAAUCAGUUUGCCCAAGAAAACAAACCACUAUUGGCCGGGCAGUCCGUACUCCAAAGGUAUUUUGUAAAUAGCAACCCAUUCACGAAAAUGGUAAAAGGAUGGAAUCGGUUGUUCGAUUCCUCCAAGGUCAAUACUACUGCAUCAAACGAGGAAUUCAUGAUAUACGAUAUGAAACGUGGUGAAGAAUCAUUACUAAAAAACAAAGACGGCCGUAUACCUUAUAACUUGGGCCAACGUGGGUACUUGGGUAUCGUAAACAGUUCACAUUACACCCCGGAUGAAAUUUCUGCUGUAGUUAAAAAAUACGAGAAUAACAGUUGGGUUUUAGUAGGGAAUAUUUACAACGCUAAUGAAAAGCUUGUCUUCAAGAAACUAUACGAUCCCGAAAAGAAGGGACCCGAAUCGAGGAAAGUAAAGAAUAUCGUCGUGUUCAUACUAUUGUUAUUGGUACCCGCGACCCUGUACAAGAAGAGCAUGGCGAGGGUUGAACAGCUUGAAGGUGAGAACGAUAGCAAUUCCGGGAACUAA